GCAGUUGCGCGUGCGCCAUCGGCGUGAUAGGCGGGCGCUUCGGAUUUUAGAACGAUGUUCUUGUUGAUAAUGUAAUUACAAAAAUCGGCGCUUAUUAAAGAGGUCAGCAAAGCCUCGACCCACCACACCAAUCUACAAAAUGGAGUGUUACACAUCGGAUAGUUGUGACAGUGAUAGCAGAGAACAAAAAACACUUGAUUUAUCCUGCCAAGCAUUGGAGUCCAACUCGUUAUCAUCCGAUCUAGAAGGCAUAGUCAAUGAAAAGGGCUGUGCGAAAAAUUACGAAAUAAUUCUACUGUACAACAACAGAAUUAGGACUGUGCCUGACACCAUAAACAGGUUUUGCAACUUGAAGAUAUUGGAUGUGAGCAACAACAGGCUAACAGUUCUGCCGGAUGUACUCAAGAACUGCCCCCUCACAACUCUGAUUGCAAAACACAAUCAGCUGACUAAUGAAUCUUUACCAAAGUGUUUUUAUUCUGCCAAGACCACUCUCAGGGAGCUUAAUUUGAGUGGCAAUCAAUUAACCAAUUUCCCUGAACAAGUCUUAGAGAUAACUUCUCUCAAAUAUCUUUAUUUGGGUGGUAAUUGUAUAGUCAAUAUACCAAAGGACAUAUGGAAACUAAGCAGCUUACAGAUUCUAUCAAUAGGAGCGAACCAAAUCACAGAUGUACCGGAUACCGUGGGUCGUUUAGUGGGUUUGCAAGCGCUUGUUUUGAGCGACAACCUCAUAGAACAGCUGCCAGCAAGCAUAGCCAAUUUGAAACAACUACGCUCUCUGCUACUGCACAAGAAUCGGCUGAAGACUCUACCUACGCAAAUAAUUAAGUUGACAUGUCUUACAGAGCUCAGUCUGCGCGAGAACCCACUCGUUUCGCGUUUCGUUCGUGACAUGACGCUGGAACCACCUACACUUCUAGAACUCGCUGGACGGACCACCAAAUUGCAUGCAAUACCAAUAAAUGUAGGAGAUAUACCAAAAACUUUGAUAGAAUACCUUAAUGCUGCCCAAUGCUGCGUAAAUCCAAAAUGCAAAGGUGUCUACUUUGAUAAUCGUGUAGAGCAGAUAAAAUUUGUUGAUUUUUGUGGUAAAUAUCGGAUACCACUCCUACAAUAUCUAUGUAGUUCAAAAUGUAUCACUGGCAGUUGGGAGAGCCGCGAAAUGGAUAACAAUGCUCACCCACACAUGAUGAGGAAGGUUUUACUCGGAUGAAAACUGAAAAUAUAUUCCUAUAUAUAAAUAGAGGCACAUUAGGUUAAUGCUAGCACUUGACAUGGCUAUUCAUAUUUUCCAUUUGUAAUUUGACAGCAGUACAUCUUUAUCAUACUGUAUUAUGAAUAAAAAAUACAGACUGCUGCCAAAUUAAGUUUAAACAAAUAAAAUUAGUCAUGAGAAGUACCAGCAAAAGAUACAUAUCAUUCUUAUUAUAUCAAAUAUUAAAUCUUGAGCUGCACUGAGAUGUCAAUUAGUGCUUGUCAAACCGAUGUGUUAUUUUUCAAAUCCAACGCAGUGAUAUCAUCAGACUUUAAUUAAAUAUUUCACACUAUUUGUCAUCUCUGAGUAUAGCAGUCAAAUAUUGUUUAGUAAAAUUUAAAUUGUUUAUUUGUGUCAUAGACAUAAGUCUUCGUAACUG